GUCUGCGCCGCCGGGAGAGGAGGAGCCUCCCUCGCCCAUCCCUGAGUGGCCCGGGGUCCGCUCACGGCUGGCACCCCAGAGAAGCCGGGCACUGGGGAGGGCCUAAGGCGUCAGGGGUGCAGGAGUACUGGGGCGUUGGUAGCGGGCAAGACUGCGCGUACGCUUACUCUUCUCUAGGACCCUGCCGAGUUGCUCCAACUUUGCCCUCUCCUCCUCCACCCCUCUCCGAGCUGUGGUCGGGGUGGGGCUGGACUGCCCGGAUUGCGUUUUGCAGAUUUGCAAAGGAAGUAGAUCACCCGUUGCUACCUACAUUUAAUAACCAUCAAAUUGUCUUCCUUUCGAACAUUUCGCAAAUUGUCAAAGGAUGAAAGAAAGCUGGUCUGCAUUCGACACGUUUGAGCCUCAUUUCAGGCCUCUGGUAGUUAUUGAGCUUGCAAAAAACACCAAAGAGGAAACCAAAGAAUGGCUCACUCAAAGAAUUGUGGACAAAAAGAAAAAUGGAGGUGCCCAGCUGUUGGUUAAACCUUUGGUAAAAGAAGAUGGAGGAAAAAUAGAUGGAAAUCAAAAUUUAUAUCUUGUUGGAGCCUCUCACUUAAGGCUGUUGCUGGGAGCUGAAACUGUGGGAUUGGUAAAACAAUGUAAUGAUAACUCAAUGAGAACCUUUACAUACAGCAGUAGAAACACCUUCAAAGAUUUUGCAGAGGACAAUCACGAUUUCCUUACAAUGGCAGAGUGUCAGUACAUCAUCAAGCACGAACUUGAAAAUUUGAGAGCCAAAGAUGAAAGAAUGAUUCCUGGGUACCCUCAGGCAAAGCUGUAUCCAGGAAAAUCAAUUUUGAGAAGAUUGUUGACCAGUGGUAUCCUACUUCAGAUUUUCCCACUUCAUGAUACAGAAGAAUUGAAGAAACUCCGGUACACCUGGUAUGGCCAGGUCAAAAUUAGUUAUCAACCUUUAGAUGAAAUCCGUUGCUAUUUUGGUGAAACGAUUGCUCUGUAUUUUGGCUUCUUGGAAUACUUCACAUUUGCUUUGGUUCCUAUGGCUCUCAUUGGGAUUCCUUACUAUGUGUUUGCAUGGGAAGACUAUGACAAGUAUGUGAUGUUUGCCUCAUUCAAUCUGCUUUGGUCUACCGUGAUCCUUGAAGUUUGGAAGCGCUGCUGUGCUAUUAUGACUUACAGAUGGGGGACACUGUUGAUGAAGCGGCAGUUUGAGGAACCGAGGCCAGGAUUUCAUGGGGUUUUGGGAAUCAAUGCUGUCACUGGCAAGGAGGAGCCGGUAUACUCAAGUAUUAAAAGACAGAUACGAAUUUAUCUGGUGUCUUUGCCAUUUGUGUGCCUUUGCCUCUAUUUUUCACUGUAUGUCAUGAUGAUUUACUUUGAGUUGGAGACUUGGGCUCUGGAUUUUCAUGAGGAGAAUGAGUCGUCUUAUAGCAACUUAAUGCUAUUUGUGCCCAGCAUCAUUUAUGCUAUUGUGAUUGAAAUGAUGAACCGCGUCUACCGAUAUGCUGCAGAAUUCCUAACAUCAUGGGAGAAUCAUAGACUGGAAUCAUCACAUCAGAAUCAUCUAAUUCUGAAGGUCUUAGUGUUCAACUUUUUAAACUGCUUUGCCUCCCUCUUCUACAUUGCUUUUGUCCUUUUUGAUAUGAAACUUCUGCGACAGAGCUUGGCUACUCUGCUGAUAACUUCACAGAUCCUUAAUCAAUUUGUAGAAGCUUUACUUCCUUACUGGCUCCAAAAGAGACAUAAUACGAAAGUGAAGAAAAGGGUGUACUCCGUAAAAGUGGAUACUGACCUUUCAUUAUUUGAGCAAGUCAACCUGGAAAAAGAAAUGGGCACCUAUCUUGGCACCUUUGAUGAUUACUUGGAGUUGUUCUUACAGUUUGGCUACGUGAGUCUUUUCUCAUGUGUGUAUCCUUUAGCAGCUGUCUUCGCAGUGCUAAACAACAUCACAGAGAUGUAUUCUGAUGCCUUAAAAAUGUGCAGGGUCUUCAAACGUCCAUUUUCACAACCCACAGCAAAUAUUGGAGUUUGGCAGUUGGCUUUUGAAACUAUGAGUGUUAUAUCAGUAGUUACUAACUGUGCACUGAUUGGAUUGUCUCCACAAGUAAAUGCACUUUUUCCAGAUUCAAAAACGGACCUUAUUUUGAUUGUGGUAUUGGCGGAGCAUAUUCUACUGGCAUUGAAGUUUGUCAUGGCGUUUGUGAUUCCUGAUAAACCACGGGAUAUCCAGAUAAAACUGGCCAGGUUGGAAUUUGAAUCUCUAGAAGCUCUCAAACAGCAGCAAAUGAAACUUGCAGCUGAGUCAUUGAAGGAGGAAACACAUGGAGAAAAGAAGAUGAACUGAGCAUUAGCAUGUGAACAUGCUUUUAAAGUAUUUACUGUAUUUGCACUCUACAAUGUAUUACUCAAUAGAUAGUAUCUAUUAUCUGUACUUGGUCAUCAAGACUGAUUGCUUGACACAAUGAAAAAUGGUUUCCCUUUUCCUUUUCCUCUUCAUUUCUUAUCGAGUAUUCAACAGUUGUCCAGUGAGACAGAAUAUAGAGCAUCACUCCAGUUUAUGCUAGGUCUGGUUGAAAUAUGUCAUAACCAACUGUACAUUAUAUCAAAAUUAUAUUAAACAGAUCUUUAAGAGUAGGUAUCCUGAUGCUAAAUGUAGUCGGGAUCUGCAGCUUGUCAAGAGAAGGUGUAUUAGAACUUAAUUUUUAGUGUACCAUUCCUUAUGCUUGUUAACCAUUUUUGUCCUUGUAGUAGAAUAGUUAAUCAUUUCCAAAGGCAUGUCUUUUUUCAAAGACAGCUUAUUAUACACUGUUCACAGCAUUUACUAGGAAAUUAAUCUACAUUUUGUUUAUUAUAUAGUGUGAUGUCUGAUUUUUUUCCAUAGAACCAAUCACAAAACUAGUUAUUUGGAAAUGUAUACUAUAAAAUGAGAUUACAAUAUGUUCAUUUUAUAAAGAAUCUCAAUUAAAUUAUUUUCAGAAGCUGUUAAGAAAGCAUUUGGCAUGAAACAGGGAUUGUUGAUUAGUAGUUUAUGAAGAUGAAUGGUGAUUGUGUAUUCUUUUAAUUCAGCAUUAACUCUGAUUACCAUUUGGUGGUUCUUCAGAACAAUAGUCCUGUAUUAAUGGAUCUUUUUUGUUAACUGAAAUGAUAGUAACAGAGCUAUUAAAAUGAACACUACAUG